AUGAAGACGUCAUCAUCAGUAUCGGAUCCCUUCGUGCUCGAGCGUUGCCUAUUCAGCGAGAACAACGUGUGGUUCUACCGCGUUCCAGCUGGUCAUGUGACGUCGCUUGCCCCUCGAGCAGAUGCGUGGGACCCCGAGUAUCCGUUACUCACAGGUUCCCUUCGUAUCGUGCAAAAAGGAGACGCGUGUUCCGUCCAACUCUUCGAGUCGCUCGUUGCGUCUACUUCGGCGACUCGAUCGGAUCCAACUCCUCCUCUCUUUGCUCAAUGUCCACUGCAGAUCACACGGGACCUGCCAUUGGACGUUUACGUCCACGACUGCGUCGACUCGUCGCGCUACUUUAUGGUACGCGUGACGGACGACGAGAGCGGUCGACGGGCGUUUGUCGGCAUUGGUUUCCCGGAACGGGCCACCGCGUUCAACUUCAAGGCGACAUUGCAGGACUAUGCCAAGUAUGCACUCCGUCAAGUGGAGAUGGAAGAGAGGGAGGAAGCAGCUGCUGGUAGUGGUGACGAUGUGUCACUCGAAAAGUCAAGCAAGUUGAGUCUACCUGAAGGAGCGAUGAUCCGAAUCAAGUUGAAGACCAGUCAUGGCAGCAACGAGAGAGACAAUGCGGUGCAACGUCGACCGAGCAGUGGCCGCACUAGCAAUUGCAGUGGACAGAGUCAGGGAGCGAGUCGAUCUCACGGGGUACCGUUGAUUCCGCCGCCACCGAGCGAGUCAUCGAUGGCAGUGUCGGUCGUUGCUCCGCCGCGUGCAGGUGCUCUUUCGAAGCGAGACGACGACGACGAAGAGGACUGGGGCGACUUCACUGCUGCUUAG